UAAUUCUGCUUAUUAUUCGCUAGAAAUUUCAGAGACAGAUGAAGAAGACUCUUCUGGUAAAAGGAAAAUUAUCAUAAAGGAUUUAAAAUGGCAUUUGAGAACAUUGCAAAUAUUUUUAUGCGAUUAUGUUGAUCAUAUAUUUACUGAGUCUUCUAAAGUUCUGAAGAAGUGGACUCAAAUUUACGAUAAUGAUAGUUUUUAUGAUAAAGAAUAA